UUCUCCCUUCCGUGUCGAAACCAGAUCGAAUCCUAGGGGCUAGGGUUACCCCAUCCCCAUCGUCCGUUCCGAUCCACCGCCCAAAUCCUCGCCUCGCCGCCCAUGUCCCACCACGACGGCAGCAAGCCCUACCAGCCGCGCCGGGGGCCCGAGCGCCCCCCGCAGCCGGCGGAGGAGGCCGCCGCGCCUCCGCCCGACGCCGUGGCGGCGGUGGGCCACCUCGCGGCCGUGGCGGCUGAGGCUGAGGCGAUGAACCGCUACGCCGAGGAGCAGCAGGUGCUCGGGCAGCAUGAGGUGGGGGAGGAAGAGGAGGAGGAGGAAGAUGAGGAGAUGGAGGAGGAGGAAGAGGACGAGGCGGAGGGGCAGGAAGUUGGCGUCGGCGGGGAGGUCGUCCCCAUGGACGCGGAUGCUGCCGCCGCGGCUGCGGCUGCGGCUGCGGCCGGCGUGCAUAUGGACCCGCACGGGGCGAUGGUGGCCGCGACUGUGCCGCCCAUCUCGUCCAACCAGCUCACCCUCUCGUUCCAGGGUGAGGUCUACGUGUUCGACUCUGUCUCCCCUGAUAAGGUCCAAGCCGUGCUUUUGCUGCUCGGAGGAAGGGAGUUGAACCCAGGCUUGGGCUCAGCGGCGUCGUCUUCUGCCCCCUACAGUAAGAGGCUAAAUUUCCCACAUCGGGUGGCAUCACUGAUGAGGUUUAGGGAGAAGCGGAAAGAGCGGAAUUUUGAUAAGAAGAUCCGGUACACUGUUCGGAAGGAAGUUGCACUCAGGAUGCAGCGCAAUAGAGGUCAGUUUACAUCUUCAAAACCAAAGCCUGAUGAAGCAGCUCCAGAGUUGUCAACUGCAGAUGGCUCCCCAUGGGGGGCUCUUGAAGGCCGACCUCCGUCUGCUGCUGAAUGCCAUCACUGUGGUACUAGUGCAACAGCUACACCUAUGAUGCGUCGUGGACCUGAUGGACCAAGAACAUUAUGUAAUGCUUGCGGCCUCAUGUGGGCAAAUAAGGGCUUGUUGAGGGACCUCACAAAAGCUCCUGUACCUCUUCAAGCUGUGCAUUCAGCUCCAGUUAUAGAUGGUGGUCAGAAUGAAAGUGCUUUAGCAGCACCCGGCGCCGAGCAAGAGAUUCCUGCAGCAGCCAUGGCCAACGGGCACGAGUCAUCGACGUGAGCGGAGUGGUGUUUGUUUCAGUGCUGGGUUACGAGCAUCAUCCUGGAGUAAUCUCUGGCGUAGGCUUGUCCACUGCUGUACUAUAACUUGAGUGGGAACCUGCUAGUCGAUAGCGAGCACUUGGCGUUGUGUAGGGUUUAAGAGCCGCAACAAUGAUUUAUCUCAUGUAAUCAUAUGCUUGCUGCCGUUAUGGGUUAUGGCUAUAGCGAAUUUGUUUCUCGUCUUGAGUGGCGACAGUUAAGAAUCGACAAAGUUCAUUACUUCAGUGUCAAACACUUAUGUGCUGUAGUUAUAUGUAGAUCUCAAAGCAGAUGUUCCAGGCAUGAACCUGUUUCGUUAUCUCA